UUGAUGAGACAUUGCCACUCCGCCAUCACUCUUUCUCUCUGUCUCGCUGUCUCGCUGUCUCUUCACUCUUCAUUGUCCUCGCCCCUGUGUUUUGUCUCGUCUGCUGUUUCUGCUUUGUCAUCUCAUCCCGUCACUGUCGCCAAGUCAUCACCGCCAAGCCUUUAUCUCGCUCGCACCAGCCUCUUGGUCUUUCUCACAUCAACUACACCACCAGGCAACCACGAGUCGAGACCUUGCACAACAGUCGACCGCAACCUCCCACUCUCCCUUGGCCCCCCACCCCCCCACCCCCGGCUCUACCCCCAACUCCCGCGCGAUGCGGCUCGCGCUCGCAUCGUUCGUCCUCGCGUGUGUGGCGGACGCACACCUCACGCUCUGGCACCCAUCGCUGUACGGCUUCAACUGGCCCGAUCUGGGCGACGCGCCGAUCCAGCACGGACAACUAGUGGACCCCGUCAACCCUGCGCGGGGCAUGGACAACCUGACCGUCUCCGAAUGGUUCGGCCACAACAUGCGCAACUGCACGCCGGCCGCCGACGCAUUCAUGGAGCUGGAAACGGGCAAGACGGCGACCUUUGAGAUCGGGUGCAACCGCGCCUUCACGAAAUACCGCCCGCCAGAGUGGAGUUACAAAGCCAAGCCGCUGCUGCAGUACUGCUGCCCGGAGCACGGGCCGCUGCACACGGCCAACGAGUACGGGACGCCGUACGCGCGCCUCAACGUCUCGCGGUUCGGCGGCACCGCGCUCGCGAUCGCGUACGAGUCGGACCCGUACAAGGUCAAGCCCGAGGACAUGGUCGUCAUCAGCGUCAACCACACGUCCCCGUGGUUCCGGCUCGUCGAGUACCGCAUCCCGCCCGGCCUUCCGCCGUGCCCGAAAGACGGGUGCAUCUGUACGUGGAACUGGAUCCACACGCGUAUGAACGGCGAAGGCUACGGGAACGAGAUUUACAAUAACAUGUACAAGUGCAAGAUUACGGGCAAGACGAACAAGUUUGCCAUGCUCCCCCAGCCCGUGCCGCCGGAACAGGACUGCGCGGGCGCGCCGGAGAAAUGCACGCCGGGCGCCAAGCAGCCGAUGUACAUGUUCCAGAAGGACGGAAACAACCUCCCGAAUCCGCGCCAUUUGACGGAGACGCCGACGUAUGUGAGCCGGUUCGCGGACGGCGCACAGGCGGACGCGGUGGUCGGCGCGGCGCGGCGCGACGGGGCUAGUGUGGCAGUGGGCGCGGUGGCGCUGGCGCUGGGCUUUGCCAUGAUUUAGACGGCCGCGGCCGAUAGAGUAUAGAGCCAGACGGCAUAGAUCCUAUUGUAUCCAUAUUGACCCAUUGAGAUGAAUGCGAUGCGGAGACGCAAGCAUGCCGAGAGACAUGAGGGGAUGAGACGAUGGGUUUACCUCGGGAGAUUCGCGACAAACAAACAUGCCUACAAGUCGCGUCCGCGCAUAACAAUGCGGGAGCGCAGCGCGCAGCAUGCAUCGCCCAAUUCAUUGGGG